AUGAAAUUAAAGCAAAAGAAAUCAUCGAAGACGACUUUAUCAGAGAAAAUAGCAGAUGCCCUUACCGUUAAACCGCGAGCAGAUAUUGAAGAUGAUCAUGUAUUCAAUUCAAAACCAAAAACGCUUUCACGUGCCGAGUUUAGUUCAUCCGAUAGUGAAGAUGAUGCGAUCAUUAGUGAAUUCAGGAAAAGGAACGUUAGUUUGUUAAGCGAAAUCAGUAAAAAGUAUGAAGGAAAAGUCGUAUCACGUAAAGAACUUGAGGAGAACAAUGAAGAAGCCGAUUCAACUGUUAAAGAUAUAACUAAUGUUUCGGAUAAAAACGACGUCCAUGAUAAACAAAGACAUCAAAUAAAUACCGAUAGUAAUUCUGAAGGAUCUGAAAGUGAUGACUAUAGUAUUACAAACAUAAAAAAGCGUAUUGCUAGUUCACAAGAUGAAGAAUCAGACGAAACUGGUGAUGAUGACCAUAUUGAUAACGACGACGACGAUGACGACGAGGACGAUGACGACGAUGAUGAUGACGAUAAGGGAACAUAUGAUAUCAGUCAAAUGGAGGAACCAGUCAAAGAAAAUUUUGAACAUAUGAAAAAGCAAAAUAUUUCAGAAGAAGCAAAAAAGGGGGCUUCUGUGCGUAAUCAACUUUUGAUCUGGGAAAGUCUCUUGGAAAUGAGAAUCCAUCUACAAAGGUGCAUGAGUAGUGCUAAUAAAAUGCCAAUGAAAGACAUAUUUAUGGAAUUACGGUACAAUCCAGAGUUUGCAGAAGAAAGUAAUAAGACUAUAAAUAAUGUAGCAACUAUAUUAGAUAAACUGCUUACCCUACAAAAUAUUCUUUUCAAAAACUUUCCUGAGACUAAGUCACUAUCAAUAAAAAAACAAAGUAAUGGAGUUAAACAGCCAAAGGAGAUAGAAAAAGAAAGUGAUGAGGAGAUACCAAGUGAUACGGACAAUGAAGAAAUACCUUCAGAUACUGACAUUGAAGAUGAACCUGAGAAAGAAACUAAGAAAAAAGAAAAAAUUAAUUCUAAGAAGCGAAAGCUUGAGGAUUACGAAAAGGAUUUAGAUUUAUCUCAUAAGGCUUUUAAAGCUUUUAGGGAUACAACAAUACAAAAAUGGAAUGAGAAAACUCGUAUUGCUACAGCUGCUAAUAUUAAAAGUGCACCAACAAAUACAAUCCUUCAACAAAUAUCAUAUAUACUCUCAGAUAGAAACAAACUUAUCAGACGUACACAACUAAAAAGAUCAGAAUAUGACAUCAUAGGUUACAAAAAAAAUUCUGUAUUAGAUGAAAAUAAAGAAUUAAAUCAAGAAAAUCCAGUGACGAAGGACCGAAAGGACAAUGAUGAAUAUAUUCCAGAAAUAUUCGAUGAUAGUGACUUCUAUCACCAGUUAUUGAGAGAAUUAAUAGAAUGCAAAUCAGCGGAUAUUUCUGAUCCAGUACAGCUAAGUCGGCAGUGGAUUGCAUUGCAACAAAUGCGAAGCAAAAUGAAAAGAAAAGUAGAUACAAAAGCAACAAAGGGAAGGAGAAUUAAAUAUGUAGUGCAUAAUCAGCUGGUAAAUUAUAUGGCUCCAGAGAAAUCUCUCCUUUGGACUGAUGAGAGUAGAAAUGAAUUGUACAGCUCCUUGUUCGGUAAAAUGUUUGAAUCCAAUAAUGUAGGAUUGAAUGUAAACUUAGAAAAUGUAGAAAUAAAGAAGUAA